UCCACACAUACACAAAAGCGACUGGACACUUCGUUCUCAGUCUGAAAAGAAAAGGUGAGAAGCAGAAAUGAUGCAGAUCUUCGUGCGGACCCUGUCAGGUAAAACCAUUACACUCGCAGUAGAGGGUUCUGACACGGUGGAGAGCACCAAGCGCAAAAUAGCGGCCAAAGACGGUCUCCCAGUCUACCGCCAGAGCCUGGUCUACAAUGAGAGGGAAAUAAGGAACGAACACUUGCUUCGAGAGUACCACAUAGUAGAGGGCAGUACACUCCACCUUAGUUCACCAGAGGAGAUAAGGCUGCGUGUAAGGCAACCUUCAGGUGAGCUGGUCUCAGUCAUGGCAGGGGGAGGAGAAAGGGUGGAGAAUGUUAAGGCAGCACUGGAGGCUGAACUAGGCAUUCCACUAGGACAGCAGCGACUGUCUUUCCAAGGCCAGCCACUAGAGAACCAGGUGUCGUUGAGGGAGUGUGGCAUCCAGGGUGGGUCGGAGCUGGGGCUGCUAGUAGUGGUCCCUAUCACUGUCAAGACACUGACAGGCCAGGCCUUCCCUCUUGAGGUAGCCACUAGUGAAUCAGUCACUGUGGUGAAAAGUAAAAUUGCGAAAGUGGCAAAGAUUUCGCCAGAACGUCAGCGACUGAUCUUUGCUGGUAAGCCAAUCAAUGACAACAGUUCCUUAGAGAACUAUGAAAUCAAAAGUGGGGCCGAGAUAUAUGUCGUUCGACGACUCCACUUCUAUAACUUGAAAGUGAGAAAGGGUAAGAGCCGCCAGUACAUCAAGUUGAAGGUAGAGUCCUCCACUUCUGUCAGGAGAGUAAAGAAGAUGAUUGAGGCUUUAGAAGGUACCCCACGUCGCCUACAACAACUUAGUCUAGAUGGGGUUAGCCUGGAGGACAGGAGAAGAAUGGGGUACUAUCACACACUCAUCUCCAGCAAGUGCAGACUGGUCCUCAGGAGCCAGCCACAGUACCAGGUGUUCCUCAGAACUCUAUCGGGGAAGACCCUAGCACUAGGGGUGAGGGGUGGGGACACAGUGAGACACUUGAAGUCAGUCAUCCAUGAGAGAGAAGGGAUCCGACCAGAGCAGCAGAAGUUGCUGUCAGGUGGGAGGGUGCUGAGAGAUGAGAAGAGGCUGAGGGAUUGUGGUCUUCAUAGUGGGAGUACUGUCGGCCUCUCUCUGGGGCUCUUGGGAGGCGUGUUCCAGAUAUGUGUGAAGACCCAAAGAGGUAAGACCAUCACUCUUGAUGUGCAUUCUGUUACAUCCAUAGCAACAAUUAAGUUUCAUAUUUCAAAUUAUGUGGGAAUACCCGAAGACCAACAACAAAUUGUCUUCAAUGGUACGCAUCUGAAAGAUGAACAGACUCUUGGUGAUUGUAAUGUUUAUCCUAAUGAUACUCUGCAGUUAGUCUGGCUGGUAAAAGGAGGUAUGGGGAUAUUCAUAGAAAGACUCCCAAAACAAGCGAGAAUAGCACUACAGACCUAUAGAAGUGGAACCAAUUGAUACUAUUGGGAUCGUAAAAGCUAAAAUUCACACAAAAAUCGGAAUACCUCAAGACCAACAACAACUUUUGUUCAAUGGGAGGGACCUGGAAGAUGGACAGACCAUAAGCGACUGUAGUGUCCAGCCGGAGGAUACUCUUCAACUCAACUGGCUGGUGGACGGAAGUAUGAGGAUAUUACUGUUUGUGAAGACUCUGACAGGCAAGAUUUUUACUCAUGAGAUGGAGGCCAGUGAUACCAUUGAGAAUGUGAAGGCUAAAAUUCAAGACAAGGAGGGAAUACCAGCAGUCCAACAACGACUCAUAUUUGCUGGUAGGCAACUGGAAGAU